AUGAACACCGUGGCCUACCAGGGCCAGGCCGGCACCCGUGGCCAAGGGCUGAAAGACACGUUGGUGAAAUCCGCCCAGCAACUGAUUGGCCAGGACAAGGUGGAGAUGAUCGACCCAUCACUGCAGACCGGCCCGUUGGAGGCGACGUUUGGCCCGUUGCUCUCCCUGAUGAGCCAAGAGAAGAGCCUCAACCUGCACACCUUCCUCACCCAGGUCACCCGUGCCCGUCUGAAGCUGCAACAAAUCAGCCACGCACCUGAUCCGCAGGGCAUGACCCAAGCCUUGGCGCAAAGCGUGUUCCAGGGCAAGAGCAUCGACCUGACUGACACCCAAUCCUACGGCAGCCUGAUCGCCGCCAGCCUCGGCGCCGAGUGGUCAGGUUUGGGCGAAACGCUGUUCGUGCAGCCACUGGAUCACGCUUGGCAGCGCGUGCUGCAACCCUCAGCCGCGAGCCUCAAUCGCCAGUGGCAGCGUGCGAUUGUCACGCCUUGGCACAGCGCUUUCGCCAGCCGCUACCCGUUUGCCGCCACCGCCAGCGACGCCUCGUUACCGAUGCUCGGCCAGAUGAUCCGCGCCGACUCGGGGCGCAUCGAACAGUUUCUCCAGAGCCAACUGGGCGGCGUGUUGCGUAAGGAGGGCAACCGCUGGGUGGCCGACCGCGGCCAGCCAGGGCCUGCGCUAAUCCGCAGUUUCUCGCGGCUAUCAACCAAC